AUGACGACGACGGGAUUACCACGCGCGUCGUCGUCGCAUCGUCAGGCUUUUCCUUCGUUUCGUCGUCGUUGUUGUCGUUGUUGUUGUUGUUGUUCCCGAGUUUUAUACCGCCGCAACAAAGAACAAAUUACCCUUGACCAACUAAGAAGAAGAAGAAGAUAUUAUUAUCCAAAAGCGCACCCAGAAAGAGAAACGAAAGAAGAAGAAGAAGAAGAAGAAGAAGAAGAAGAAGAAGAAGAAGAACGCGACGACGUCGUUCGAAUCAACGAGCGAUUUCACUGGAGCAAGAAACUUUCGAAUUCUGACGAGGACACGAUUACGAGGGAUGAUUUGCGGAUGAUGCCGAAAGAGUACUUUAACAAAAAGAACAACAACACCAAUACUAACAUUCAAGAAGUGCAUCGAGAUCGAGACACGUCGGUCUUGGUGACCGACGAGCAAUUGCAGAGAGAGUUUUUCAGGGACAAUCGCGACCGCGAGAUAGAAUCAGAAGAAGACGGCGAAUACUCGAAAAUGAAAGAGCGCUUACUUUUACUUCUGCCGUCGCUGCGAACGACAACGAACGCGAACAACAAUAAGCGACUCGUCGAAGAUUUACUCUUCCGGGUCGGUCUCGAACGCGUUUCGUCUCGAUUGUUGUCCAUGCGGAAAAUCUUCCCGACUUGCGACGUGGCCGAAAUGGCCAGUAAGAAUCCCAAAGUGUACUUAAACUUUAGUAGUAGUAAUAGUAGUAGUGAUAGUAAAAUCGAACGCGGCGCCGAAGAAGACAAACGCGAAGAUGCUAAAAUCGAACGCGAGUGGCGAAUGGAAAUCGAUACAUUGGAAGACAUGUUCCCAUUCGCCGGCCAAAACGGCUUACCAAACGUCCAAAGAAUGGUACAAGCCGUGCCUCAAAUGCUCGAUUCUCGCUUUGUCCAAAGAAGCAUCCAAGCUUUGAUCUCCUCGAAAUUAGCCGAGGACGAGCUCGACGCGAAAACGAAACUGCACAAAAAUCCGCGUUUGAUAUUAAACGUGGAAUCCUCCAGCAACCGAUCGCGGUUCGAGAGCGCGAGUCAUUUCGAUCAAACCAACGUGAAAAGGAAUAAAGUUGUCUUCCACGAUUCGAAAGUGAGGGAGACGUAUUACGAUACUUCGUAA